UAUACCAUGAGCGGAUCACGUUGCUGGACGUGCCGCCUGACGCGGCUGUGGUCCUCACGGUGGACGGAGGCGUUUACGAGGAGUCGGCGAUCGUGGAUGCGGGCAUGCUCGAGGUGCGGCCUCUUCGAGGCCUCGGGGCUCCGCUGCUCGGCGUCGCCGAGCUCAACACGUAUCGGUUCGCGGCGGCGCCCGACGCGGUCACCAUGUGGGCGCACCUGCGGGCGGCCGCGAUGCUGCGUGGCGUGCCCGUGCCCGCCUCGCCGUUUGUGCUGGCUGCAGGCGUGGGCGGCGGGGUCGCCUGGGCUCCGCAGCGCGUGCAGCUGGACGACCCCGCGGACGCGGCGGCCGUGGUGGCGGCUCCCCCUGCCGCGCCUCCCGUCGGCGGCGGCGCCGCUGGCGUAGGCGCUGGUGGGGCGGCUGGGGCAGACUGCCGCGUGCACCCGGAACUUCGCGACGCGGCUGGGCGGCGGGCGCUGGACUUCGCCACGGCGGCCCUGCUGGCCUCCUCCACGCCCCAGGCGGGCUGGCCGAUCAAAGGUCGGCGGACGACGCAGUGGUGCCUCGAUCACAUAAGGCGCAACGCGGGCGGUCCGCUGGCGUGGCACUCCAAGUGGAAGGCGGAGGCGAUGCUGCGCGACACGGGCUCGAUCUGCCAGCAGCACGAGAUGAAUUGCAGGCUGCUCGAGCUAGGUAGUUGCUACGACCAGAUUAACUGCGCGGAGUUGGCGUCGUGCGAGCUGAUCUGCCGCCAGAUCCAGCUCACCGAGGAGAAGCACUACGAGGGCACCGUCACCGCGCAGGUGGCCGCGGAGGACAAGAAGGCGGGGAAGGACGAGAGCGCCAAAGCUGCCAGCUCGAGCUUGCUGGCGGUGGAGGCGGACCACUACGUGGGGGUGUCGGCGAGCAAGGGCAACCUGUGCAUCGCGCCAGCCCUCACGGACUUCAUCGUUGACCAGUUGAAGGCGGAGGCCGCCAUUGCCAAGGAGAG